AUGGCUCUUCGUGCACAGUUUGAAAACAGUAACGAUAUUGGGGUAUUCUCUCGUCUAACCAAUGCAUAUUGUCUUGUCGCUUUCGGGGGUUCUGAAAACUUUUACAGCGUUUUUGAAGGUGAAUUAGGCGAGGUCAUUCCUGUAAUCCACACGUCAAUAGCUGGAACACGGAUUGUAGGACGAUUAACAGUGGGCAACCGCAGGGGACUUUUAGUGCCAGUUACAACUACAGACCAGGAAUUACAGCACCUUCGCAACAGCCUUCCCGACUCUGUCAAAAUCCAGCGCAUAGAAGAGCGACUUUCCGCUCUCGGCAAUGUGAUCGCAUGUAAUGACCACGUCGCGCUUGUUCAUCCAGAAAUCGAUCGAGAAACACAAGAGAUCAUUCGAGACGUAUUGGGCGUUGAAGUAUUUACACAGACUAUUGCGGGAAAUGUACUCGUGGGGAGUUACUGUGCUAUAAGCAAUCAAGGAGGAUUGGUCCAUCCCAGAACGAGUAUUGAAGAUCAAGACGAGUUAUCUUCGUUACUACAAAUCCCAUUAGUGGCGGGCACGAUCAACAGAGGAUCGGAUGUAAUCGGUGCCGGUCUAGUUGUAAAUGAUUGGUGCGCACUGGCAGGGGUUGAUACAACUGCAACGGAAUUAUCGGUAGUGGAAAGAAUUUUCAAACUUCAAGAUUCUCAGCCAUCGGCUAUUGUCACAGAAUUGAGGGACUCAUUGGUGGAUUCUACAUAA